AUGGCUAAAAUAGCAUCUGAACUUACACCACCUGAUAGCCCCGGCCAGAAGGCUCGUCUGAGCUCAGUUCUUCCCAGCAGUUAUGACAGCACGCUGAAACUCAUCGGGACAACCAAGUUCGAACCGAGAAGCGAUAUCAAAAACAUUCUCAUAACAGGAGGCGCCGGUUUUAUAGCACUGUCCGACCAUAACAUCGACUGCAUUCUACAUUUUGCAGCCUGCUCCCACGUGCAGAAUUCCUUCAACGACCAGCACAGCUUCACCUUGAAUAAUGUCAUUGGAACGCACAAUUUGCUCGAAUGCGUCCGCAAGCGUGGUCGGAUAACCCGCUUCAUUCAUGUAAGCACUGACGAGGUGUAUGGCGAAACCCCUGACGAAAGUGUCGACGAAUCCAAGCAGUUUCUGCCAACGAACCCGUAUUCAGCAUCAAAGGCGGCAGCAGAAAUGUACGUGUACGCCUACUUCAAGUCAUUCGGCAUCCCGGUAGUGAUCGUCCGGAGCAACAACGUGUUCGGACCGUGUCAAUACCCCGAAAAGAUUAUCCCGAGGUUCUUCGCCUUACUGUCAAAGGACCAGCCACUCACCAUCCAAGGCUCGGGUCUGCACCGACGGCGGUAUCUGUACGGGAGCGAUGCGGCAGACGGGUUCGAUACGAUCCUCCACAGGGGAGUCGAUGGCGAGGCAUAUAACAUUGAGUCCGGUGUCGGGGUGACAAAUCUCGAAGUCGCAAUUCGCAUGCUCCAGCUCUUUGGCUACGACUCUGAGUCCGAUUUUGCUACUAGACUGGCGUGGGUUGCGGACCGACCUUUCAACGACCACGAUUACCGCGUUGAUGGAUCCAAGCUUGCAAACUUAGGAUGGAAGCAAAACAUACCAUUCGAAGUCGGUCUCACAGCCACGGUAGACUGGUACAGAUGUAAUAUGAACGCCUGGUGGAUGGAUGGAAGUGUGGAUGCGAUCUCAGUAAAGACGCUACCGUUGGAUGCGGAACGACUCAAAGACUCAACAGUGCUUACGGGAAACUAG